CUGCACUGGGCGGCCAAGCACGGGAGGAAUGAGGUGGUCAAGCUCCUGGCCGGCACACACCAUGUUGACGUGAAUGCCAGAUCCAACGGGGGAUACACGCCGCUGCACAUCGCUGCCAUGUACAACCGCUCCGAGGUGUUCGAUCUGCUUGUACAUUAUGGUGGUGACCUCAACAUGCGGGACUAUUCGGGUAAGAAGCCUCGCACCUACAAUACCAUCGCCUCCACCGUCUCCCACGACACUCAGAAAAGGAUCCUCCAGAGACGAAAUUCCGUAAAAGAGGCGGCUGGUUUUCUGCGCAUCGGGUCCCUGAACGUGAAGGUGCGGAAGACGACUGAAGCCCUUAACAAUUUGAUAUCCCGUGAUGUUGAAGCCAGAUUGCAUCGAGCCUGGGGAUCCAGCGACUCACUCCCUGAUGCAGAUAAAGAAUCAAAAUCCAUGCCACCUCCCAAGUUUGGUCCCAUCAAAAAGAGAAAAACAAGGAAAGAACGUGACUUUGUGCCAUCUCGUCCACAUUCAGCUUACUCUGCUCUGGCACCGAUGGAAAACACCAACACCUCUCUUCAGGCAUCAACAGUGCCACCCAUCAAUGCUGAUUCUGACUCAGACUCUGCCUAUGGCUUUGGUUCAGAAUGGCAUUAACUUGUUGAAGAAUUGGAAUGUCAAUGCAACGGUUUCAGAAAUUUUUUUAAUAUUGACAAAAGAAUUAUUGCAUUAUACAGUAAAUUGUGCUGCAUUGAAGAAUGGUAAUGUCUGUGCUUUAAUAGCCUUUUAUAUAUUUAUUUUUUCUUAGUGACCGUGAAACAAAAAUAAUUUUAGGCAUUUUUGUUUUAAAUAUUUUUUAACAUUUCAAAAAAGUUUAGUAUAGUAAGAUAAGCUAAUUUGUUUAAAAAAAAAUUGUGCAAUGUUUUUUUUAAACAUUUACAAUGUGUUUGUAAACAUGGCAUUCUUAAUAGUAUAAAUUAUGAUUUUAAUUUCAAGAUUGUACAUAAAAGUGGUCACAGAUCAAAGCUUCAAUCAGUUGAACUACGGUAAUAAUUUAGGAAAAUACUCAUGGAUACAGGGGUCUAUCAAAGUUGUUUUCAACUUUUACGAUAUUUGACUUUACUAAGAGUAAGGAUCUGUGAUUAGCCAUUCAGGUUAUUUGUUAGAAGAUCUGAAGAGAAUGUAAACAUAGUUUUAUACAUGAUUUUAGAGAUCUGACAUAAGUUAAUUUAUUAUUUACUACAGCAGAAUUUUAAUUAUCACCUAACAUUAGAGUAGUACUGUGCAAAUUUUGAUAAAAUUUAUGUCGGUGAAAAGCUUUAGGAAGAAAACAAUUUUUUAACCGUUUCACCAAUACAGUAUUGUAUUUUUUACUUACUUUUUUACUUUUAUCCUCUUCACCAAUGAUCGGCUCGUUAGCCGCUUGGGCGAUCGGUCACUUCUCUGUUAAG